CAGCGCCCGCCCGGCAUGGCCGCGCGCGAGGAGCUGUACGGCAGAGUCGCCCCGCGGAGGAGCCGCCAGCGCCCCGGCACCGUCAAGCACGGCUCGGCCCUGGACGUGCUGCUCUCCAUGGGCUUCCCCCGCGCCCGCGCACAAAAAGCCUUGGCAUCCACGGGAGGAAGAAGCGUCCAGGCCGCAUGUGACUGGCUCUUCUCCCACGUCGGGGACCCCUUCCUGGACGACCCCCUGCCCCGCGAGUACGUCCUCUACCUGCGCCCCACCGGCCCCUUGGCGCAGAAGCUCUCUGACUUCUGGCAGCAGUCGAAGCAGAUCUGCGGGAAGAACAAGGCCCACAACAUCUUCCCCCACAUCACCCUCUGCCAGUUCUUCAUGUGUGAGGACAGCAAGGUGGACGCACUGGGAGAGGCGCUGCAGGCCACCGUCAGCCGCUGGAAGUGCAAGUUCUCAGCCCCGCUGCCCCUGGAGCUCUAUACCUCCUCCAACUUCAUCGGCCUCUUCGUGAAGGAAGACAGCGCCGAAGUCCUCAAGAAAUUCGCGGCUGACUUUGCGGCCGAAGCUGCGUCCAAAACUGAGGUACAUGUGGAACCCCAUAAGAAGCAGCUGCACGUGACCCUGGCCUACCACUUUCAAGCCAGCCACCUGCCCACCCUGGAGAAGCUGGCCCAGAGCAUCGACGUCAAGCUGGGCUGCGACUGGGUGGCCGCCAUAUUCUCCCGGGACAUCCGAUUCGCCAACCAUGAGACGUUGCAGGUGAUCUACCCUUACACCCCUCAGAACGAUGACGAGCUUGAGCUGGUGCCGGGGGACUUCAUCUUCAUGUCCCCGAUGGAGCAGGCCAGCACCAGUGAGGGCUGGAUCUACGGCACCUCCCUGACCACCGGCUGCUCCGGCCUCCUGCCUGAGAACUACAUCACCAAGGCGGACGAGUGCAGCACCUGGAUCUUCCACGGCUCUUACUCGAUCUUAAACACCGCGUCGCCCAGCUCGCUCGCGCUGGGGGAUGGGCUCCUCGACAGGCGGCAGUGUGAGGACCAGGGCUUGGGGGAGACCGCGCCUCUGACUAUCAUCUGCCAGCCCGUGCAGCCCCUGAGAGUCAACAGCCAGCCCGGGCCCCAGAAGCGGUGCCUCUUCGUGUGUCGGCACGGGGAGCGGAUGGACGUGGUGUUUGGGAAGUACUGGCUGUCCCAGUGCUUUGAUGCCAAAGGCCGCUACAUCCGCACCAACCUGAACAUGCCUCACAGCUUACCACAGCGCAGCGGGGGCUUCCGGGACUACGAGAAAGAUGCCCCCAUCACUGUGUUUGGAUGUAUGCAAGCACGACUGGUGGGUGAAGCUUUGCUAGAAAGCAACACGGUGAUCGAUCACGUGUAUUGUUCCCCAUCCCUACGCUGUGUGCAGACUGCCUACAACAUCCUGAAAGGUUUACAGCAAGACAAUCACUUGAAGAUCCGGGUUGAGCCCGGCUUGUUCGAGUGGACGAAGUGGGUUCCCGGGAGCAGCCUGCCCGCGUGGAUUCCUCCGUCGGAGCUAGCCGCAGCCAGUCUGAGCGUUGAUACAACCUACAGACCUCAUAUUCCAGUCAGCAAAUUAGUGGUUUCAGAAUCCUAUGACACGUAUAUUAGCAGAAGUUUCCAAGUUACAAAGGAGAUCAUAAGCGAAUGUAAAAGUAAAGGGAAUAACAUUCUGAUUGUGGCCCACGCCUCUUCCCUUGAAGCCUGCACCUGCCAGCUCCAAGGCCUGUCGCCCCAGAACUCCAAGGACUUCGUGCAGAUGGUCCGAAAGAUCCCAUACUUAGGCUUUUGCUCCUGUGAAGAAUUGGGAGAAACUGGAAUAUGGCAGCUCACGGACCCGCCCAUCCUCCCCCUGACCCAUGGACCAACUGGGGGGUUCAACUGGAGAGAGACCCUGCUGCAGGAGUAAAGCCGCGCGAGGACGGAAGAAGAGCACACCGUGGACAGGCGUGUGUGGAGCGCUCCGUCUCCCAGGACUCCGAAUCAUUUCGCAUACUCUCUUUCACGCUUCAGGUUCUCGUGAGACUCUAGAUGAGAGAAUGACAUGGCUCAGGGGGAAGCCACUUUCCGGACUCCUGCCUGGCUAACAAUCCUUUGGAGAAUUGUCUUCCUAAAUCGGGGCCCCUGUGGCAGCACAGGCUGCGUUCUUCCUUGCAGCUACGCAUGGCUAUGGAGUCCCGCUCCUCCCCCAGGGAGCUCCCCCCGCCCCAUCCCCCGGUCUCUAAAGGGUGUGAAGGUGAGGUCCAGGUCCAGAAUCCACACUGGGGACAAGGUUUUCCCCUGACUUCUACCAUCUUCAAAUGAGGCAAAGCCAAGCAGGGAGAUGCCCAUACCCUACAAAGCUCUUUAGGUUGUGCAUCGAAUUCUACCUGCAGUAGACUCAAGACAGCAGAAUGUUCCGUAGUCAGCAUGCUGGCUCAAGACACCUGCUAAGGAUUCAACAUCUGGUACCAACACACUUUUCCCAGAGCAGCUGGUCCUCCUUGCUUCUCUCUGUGAAAUGGAGAGAGAAGGCCCUUUGGGUCCCCCAAAGCACUUUGAGCUAUUCAGGAGGCUGGCAAGGUACAAGCGAGAGCUCCAGUAGUAGGUGCAGAAAUGCUGCAAAAUAGAACAGGAAAUCUCGUUCUCCACGUUGUAAACCAGUGAGCACUAGCACUUCUGCCUCGCCACGCUUGGCCCCUCCACUACAGACAGUGCCGCCUGAUUGGAGACGCGGCGGGCGCUCUGGAAGGAGGCCCGGGAAGCAAUGGCUAGAAUCAGCGAGAGGCUCGCUCCAUGCCCGGGGGCAAGCUGUGACACACACAGAGUGCACCACAAAGCAUCUGUGAACACACCCACUGCACCAGGGGCACACCGCAGAGUCAGGGAACUAAUGUCAGUGGUGACAGUAGCGUCCGCACUGCUUCUUUGGCUGUCCUCCUUUUGUCUUGUGUUUCUGUGAUAAUUUAGAGUCGAGAGGAGGUAGGCCCACUUGAGAGAGUUGGAGAGCCACAUUCUGUCCUUACUCGUGACCCCCACCCCCUGUAUUUAGAAGGAAGAUUAUUUAAAAGAACAAUAAAUGACAAUCAAACCAUCAGUUACCAAUGUCUGUUUAAUGGCGUGGCUAGCUGGUUGUGUGGGCCCUAGACAAUGGUCUAAUGUGAUAUUGUUUGCCUGUGCAAAAUGAAAUCCCAGCCAUUUCAAGGGCGCAAAUCUAUUUAUGUCGUAGCCACACAAAGAUUUUUAAAAACUCAGAUGUAGCAAACCUAUGGAAUAGAACAUAGAGUUAUGCGUCACAAUUUGAUGGUCUUUGGAAAAAAGAGAAAGUUAAAGGUCACUGGUUACGGAGAUUAAUCUGCAUAAUUAGGACGUUGCUUGUCUUUUUUUAAAGCCACUUACAGAAACAUGUCAUGAGUUUUGCAUGUUAAGAUAGCAACUGCGAUUCUUCUAGCAUUGCACAAAGGUUGAUCCGGCUGCUGGGUGUAAACCUGCGCUGGCUUGUUCCUGUGUUUGAGCCUCAAAACGUCUGGGAGGGAAGUCCUAUGAAAGGCAUCCACAGAAAUGCCACCGUGCAGCUAAUAGAUUGUCACCACCCUUCCUUCACUCCUCUGGCGUUUGUGUCGAUGUGAAUCCACUGUGUGGUCAGAUCUAGAAUGUUUGUUAAAUUCCCAUGCAUUUUCAUGGGCUCGCACACUUGACAGAUUUCCUUAAAGCUCUAGAAACAUGUGUGUGGACUUCUGCAAAAUCAAGCUCAGCCUAGAUUAACGUCACCACUCCUCCCUGUUGUCUCAUCCAGUGAUGGUCUGGUAAAUGAACCCAAUUGGCUGAGCUACAUUCUUUGGUCUUUAGUCCAAGAUGGACACAACUCUGGGCUACAGGAGCCAAAAGAGUCCAUGAUCUGACAUUAGUUACUGGAUAAUUUACGUGGAAAACCCUGAGUACAAAGCGGGUGGCGGGGGGGGGGAGGGGGCUUCCUCUGCUUGAACUAUCCAAAUGGCUUAUCAGAACAACUGAGCGGUGUGACUUGGCUUUAAAAUCUCCAUGCGCCUUCACUUACUUAGAAAUUUAAAUGUGCACUCCACCUGGGAAACCAUGUUGAAUCGAUGUGCAAUAGUAAUAAUAAUAAUAAAGAUGUAAUGUUUAUUACAUCAGAUGAUAUAAAGUGAAGUGAAGAAAAAGGGAGGGAGGGAAGAAGGAAGGGAGGCCCGUGGUUUAUACAGAAGGGCCCCCCACACCCUUCUCUUUCAGAAAGCUAUCUGAAAUACACCAGGGGAGAUGAAGCUUCAAUCUGGGACCCCAAGUCCAAAGCCGCUUCCUGCUUCUCUGAGCGUCCUCGCCGGUCUGCAGUGGC